CACAUGAGCCCGGCCCUUGACCCCCUUCCUUCCCUGGCCCCUGGUCGGCCCUCAGAGGGAUCUGUUUGCUUGAGCGAGGUUGGAGCCAACGGUGGCUGAUGGUCCCGAGCUUGCCGUAUGCUCGAGCCGCGCUGCCAUCCUUCUCGGGGGCACCUUAGAGUUACCGUUGUCCUCCUCCCUCAGUUUACAAGUGAUGUCCAUAGGGGUGAUUGAUCUGAUUGGUGAAUGGAAGGCUGGGAGGAUGAAGGCAGGAAGGGGGAGGAUUGCUCUGGCCUUUUCCCUAUUGAUAUAAUGAAAAAUCACUGGAUUUGGGGUCAGAAGGUGGAUUCCUAGCUUGAUUCAGAGUUCCUUCUUGUCUAGAGGGAGGGAGAGAUGGUUUCCUCUUAAAAAUAAGGGAUUUAGAUUAGAUGAAGGGUCCCCAACCUAUGGAUCCAGCCAUCAAUCUCAGGGCACCUGGGAAUUUUGAUGGGAAAAAAUUGCCUCUCUCCCCCCCACACAAUAUGAUUAAUUUCCUUUGUAUAUAAAGACAUACUUCUGAGGAGGGGCUCCGGGGUCUUACUCCCCUGCAGGGGGAGGGGAUCCAUGAUACAAAAAUGGUUUAAAAACCUCAGACUAGAUUAUUUCUAAGAUCCUUUCCAUCUCUUAAAAGCCCUAAAAUACCACAUGGAGGACUCUAGGACCCAGAAGUCUUGCAGUCCGAUGAAUGAAGGGACCUAGAAGAAGGUGGGGGAUUGAAGGAGAACUUGGCAUUCUGGGGUCCCUCCCCCUCUCCCGCCUUUCCUGGUCACAUGGGAGGGGGGAAGAGCCGUCAGUCAGAGAUUUAAUUAUAAUCUGGAUUGGCCUGGAGUCUCUGCUGAGGCCGGCAGGGGCAGGGGCAGCUGUCACUAUCUCCUGAACAAGGAGGAGGGCAUCUCUGUGCCCAACGCCGGAUACCCAGCGCUCCCCCGGGCAGAGGAGGUGGCGAGGAUUGGGUGCCGGGCGCCGCUGGGGCCCCGCUGCCCGUCUCCAUGAGCGCCAGGGAUGAGGGGCCACCGGUGGCUGCCCCAAAGUUGGAGUCAGUCAUCCAGAAACUGGAAAACAGCCUCCUGAACUCGGAGGAGGAAAAGGGCCUGGCAGUGCAGGCCCCAGCCCAGGACAUAGGGCCUGUCCGCCUGCCUUCCUGCAUCCGGGAGAUUGUCACUCGGAACCUCUCUGAGCCUGAGAACCCAGAGGCUGCUCAAACCCCAGAGAUGGCGUCCCUGCUGACCCUCCAGGAAGAAAACCGCAUCCUGCAGCAGGAGCUAUCGCGCCUCGAAGACCUGUUGGCCCAGAGCCGGGCAGAGCGGGAUGAGCUGGCCAUAAAAUACAAUGCUAUCAGUGAGCGGCUGGAGCAGAGCCUUCGGCUGGAGUCCGGGGAGCGGGAGCCCUUGGGGUACGGGGUGCUGGGCCAGCAGACCUUGGAGCUGCGACGCCAGCUUGAGGAAGAACAGGCCAACUACAAGCGCAAACUCCAAGCCUACCAGGACGGGCAGCAGCGCCAGGCCCAGCUGGUGCAGAAGCUACAGGCCAAGGUUCUCCAAUACAAGAAGAAAUGUGGAGAAGUGGAGCAGCAGCUUCUGGAAAAAACUGCCGAGCUGGAGCAGCAGAAGUUAGCGCAGGAGGAAGAACACAGUCAGGACCUGGAGAAUGCUCUCAUCCGGCUAGAAGAGGAGCAGAAGAGGAGUGCCAGCCUGGUGCAGGUGAACGCCAUGCUUCGGGAACAGCUCGACCAGGCCAGCGCAGCCAACCAAGCCCUGACCGAUGACAUCCGCAAAGUGACCCACGACUGGACCCGGAGUCGGGGGGAGCUGGAGCAGCGAGAGGCCGAGUGGCGGCGGGAGGAGGAGUCCUUCAAUGCCUACUUCAGCAAUGAACACAGUCGGCUGCUCCUUCUCUGGAGGCAGGUAGUGGGCUUCAGGAGGCUGGUCAGUGAGAUGAAGACUUCCACGGAGAGGGACCUGGCCCAGCUGGGCAUCGAGCUGGCCCGGACCUCCCGGAGCAUUCACUCGGCCAGCGUGGGCCUGAGCGGGAGCCUGCGGCUGGCCGAGAGCAGCAGUGAGGCCGCCAUGGAGAAGGCGGCCCUGCUCCGGGCCCAGCUGGAGGAGCAGCUGCGGGACAAGGUGCGCGACAUGAUCCAGCUCCAAGUGAAGAGCGACCUGGAGAAAGCCGAGCUCAGCUCCAGAGUGAACGAGCUGACCCUGCUGGUGGAGCAGCUUCAGAGCCAAAACUCGGAGAAGGACCGAGCCAACGAGGCCCUGACCCAGAAGGUGGAAGCGCUGGAAGCUGUGCGGCUCCAAGAGCAGGCGGCCAUCGAGGCUGAGGAGGUGGAGGCCCUGAGGAAUGAGUCCGAAGUGCUACAGCAAACCCUGCGGGACCUGGCCCAGGCCGUCCUGUCCGACACGGACAGCGGCAUCCAGAUGGGCGGCAUGGAGCGCACCCCCGAGGCCUCCGACGGCAGCCUGCGCGGGCUCUCCAGCCUGCGCACCCCCUCCCCGCUCCGGCGCUCCUCACCCCGCCCCAGCGGCUCCCCCCGUCCCAGCCUGUCCCCGGCCUUCUCGGACUCCACCCUCGCCUUGGUCCACUCGGCCCUGCACAAGCGGCAAAUGCAAGUGCAGGAUAUGCGAGGGCGCUACGAGGCCAGCCAGGACCUUCUGGCCUCCCUGCGAAAGCAGCUGGCUGACGGCGAGGCUGAGCGCCGGAGCCUGGACAAGCAGGUGCUGCAGCUCCGGGACGCGGCCGACGGGGCCGUCCAGGCCAAAGAGGACGCCCUGCGAGACAUCCAGAGGCUGCGCAGUGCCCACGACCUGCUGAGCAGCGAGAAGGACGGCCUGGUGCGCAGUCUGGCGGCCACGCAAAUGCAGGUGGAGAUGCUGCAGCAAGAGAAGGAGAAGCUGCAGCUGGCCCAGGAUGAACUGCAGAGACAGAAGGACCAGCUGGAGGAGGAGAAGGAGGACAUCACACAGGAUAGAGAGAGAUUCCACAAGGAAAUAGAGCGGGGUCAUAAACAGCUGGAGCAACUGGAGGUGAAGAAGUCAGGACUGAUGAAGGAGCUGAUCUUGGCUAAGGAGACCCUGAGCAAGGCCACUUUGGCAAAGGAAGUGAUGGAGGCCGAGAAGACCGAGGUGACGGAGGCGCUGACCAAGGUGGAAGCCAGCAGAGCUGAGCUGGAGCUGUCCAUAAACAAACUGAAGGGAGAGGAAGCGUCUCUGAGGGAUUCCUUGUCCAAACUGAGUGCUCUCAAUGAGGGUUUGGCCCAGGACAAACGGGAACUGAACCAAUUGGUCUCCCAGCUUGAAGAGGAACGGGGAAUCCUGCUUGGGCAGAAGCGAGACGCAGAGCAGGAGAAGGCGGCUGCCCAGGAGCAAGUGGCCCAGCUGGAACAGGAGAAGCUGGUGCAGGAGGCGGAGAGGCAGAGCCUGGAACGCUCCCUGCAGGCCGCUGAGCUGGCCCGGGAGGCCCUGGAGCAGCAGCUGCCUGCGUUUCAGAAGGAGCGUGGCCAGCUCCAAGAUCAGCUGGCACAGUUGUCGAGGCAGUUGGGAGCUCAGCAGGAGGAACUCCAGCGAGUUCACCGAGAUGGGGAGCGGCACUCGGAGGGGCUAGAGAGGGCUUUCCGGGAGAUGGAGUCACUGACCAAGGAGCGGGCCAGUCUGCUGGUGCAGCUGACUGCCUCCGAACGGGAGAACCGCUCCCUGACUGAGGAGGUGGCCGGCCUCCGCUCAGAGAAGGACACCCUCGAGACCAGCCUGUUUGAGGCCCACCGACAGCUCAGCCAGAUGGAGGCGCGUAGGGAGCAGCUGGAGGCGGAUGUGCAGGGGCUGCUGCUGGCCAAGGAGACUCUGACCGGGCAACUCGUGGGGCUUCGACGGCAGAUGGAGACAGAGGUGCAGAAACUCGGGGACAAGGGGCUCUGCCAGCCUGGUCCAGGUGGAGAGGGAGGACCCUUCGGGAGAAAGGCGGAUUUAGGGAUUGGCCGUAGGAAGGCCCUGUCUCUGAAGGAGUCCGAGAAGACGGCGCUAUCUGAGAAGCUCUUGGGCACCCAGCAGAGCCUGGCCACCAUGUCCAUGGACUUGGAGCGGCAGAAGCGAGACGCCCUGACCCGCCAGGAACAGGACCGGAGCACUGUGAAUGCCCUGACCUCGGAGCUGCGGGACCUUCGGGCCAAGUUUGAGGAGGCUAUCAACAACCACGAGCGGGAAGUGAAGGCGCUGCAGGAGCAGGCCCGGGAUCUGGGCCGACAGCGGGAGUCCUGCCUCCGAGAGAUGAAGCUGCUGGACAGUGAUAACGCCAAGAAGACCCAGGAGCUGGUGGAGCUGCAGGGCCGGGUAGCCCUGAGCCAGCAGCUGGAGAAGGAGGCCCGGAGGGAGGCCUUUGGCCUCAAGCAGAAAGUUCUAAAAGGAGAGGUUGCCUUGGAUGGGACCAAGCAAGAGCUCCUUUCUGUUCAGAGGAGACUUUUGGAGGUGGAGCAGGGAUUCCAGGCCCGGGAGCGAGGCCUCCUGGGCUCCCUGGAAGAGUCUCGGGGCUCAGAGAAGAAGCUUUUGGAUAAUGCUCGGAAUCUGGAGCUGAAGCUGGAAAGGACACAGGCUGAAGCUGGGGAGCUGGGACUCCGACUGAGCGCCGCAGAGGGCCGGAUCCAAGGCCUCGAGAUGGAGCUGGCCCGAGUGGAAGGGCAGCGGCGGGAGGCUGAAUUCCAGCUGACCAGCCUGCGCUCAGCCCUGCGUCGCACCCUGGGCAUAGGAAGGGUACCUAGUCCUGCUUUCCGGGGCUAUGCCAAUUCCCCGAAGAGGAUCCCUUCUCCAGCAAGAGGAAGCGGGGAGUCCCCUCCAGAGGGCUCCAGCUGCUCCAGCUCCCCUGAACGCACCCGCCACUCCUGCGCCACGUCCCCGGAGCCCAUGGCGUCACCCCCGCCUCCCACCAUGGACCUGGAUGCUGAGACAGUGCGGGUUGCCCUCCGGCAGUUCCUGAAGGAGCUUCAGGAUGCCCAGCGGGAACGGGAUGAGCUACGAGUUCGAGUGAGCACUCUGAACCGACAGCUGGCUGACUCGGAAAGAGCAAGGGACACAGCCAACACCCAUGUGGAGCAGCUGCAGAAGCUGGUGGUGGAGUGUGAGGAAGGGCGUCGUGGGGCCGACGGGCGGCUAAGUGGGGCCCAGGCAGCACUGGUCCUUCGAGAGGAGAGCGUCCGGCGGAGUGAGCGAGAGCGCCGGGCUGCGCUCGACCAGGUGGCCACCCUGGAGAGGAGCCUGCAGGCGGCCGAGAACGAGCGACGGGCCAGCCAGGAGAAGAUCAGUAAGAUGAAAGCCAAUGAAGCCAAGCUGGAGAGUGACAAACGGAGGCUAAAAGAGAUCCUGGACGCCUCAGAGAGCCGGGCCACCAAACUGGAGCUGCUUCGGCACUCACUGGAGGGUGAACUGCAGCGGAGCCGGCUGGGCAUGGGGGACCGUGAAUCCCAGGCCCAGGCUCUCCGAGAUCGGGCAGAGAACUUAGAGAGACAGCUGGCUGACAGUGAGCUGAAGGCCGGGGCCCUGCAGCUGACUGUGGAUAGGCUGAACAUUGCCCUGGCAAAGGCGGAGGAUAGCGAGGCGGCUCUGAAGGAGAAGGUGCAGGGUCUGACGGCGUCUCUGGCAGAGAGCACCCGCUCUGUGACCUCGGCCCAGGACAAAAACCUGCACCUCCAGAAGUCCCUGACAGCCUGCGAGCAUGACCGCAGGGUCCUCCAGGAGCGUUUAGAUGUGGCCCGCCAGGCCACGGCGGAGGCCAAGAAGCAGAGCAGCUCUCUGGGGGAGCAGGUCCAGACCCUGCGCAGCGAGCGCACUGAGUUGGAGCUCCAGAAGGCCGAUCUUGAGGGUCAGGUGCAGCAGCUGCAAGAGCUGCUCGACCAGCGGCAGGAGAGUGAGACCACUGCUCUGCAGGGCCUGCAGAAAGUGAAAGAUGAGAAGCAGCAGCUUCAGGAGUGCCUGGCCAGCCUGCAGAAGUCCCUGGCCCAGCUGGAGGGGGAGAAGCGGGAGGCCGAGCGUUCGGCCCUGCGGCUCGAGAAGGACCGGGCUGCCCUCAAGAGGACUCUGGAUAAGGUGGAGCGCGAGAAGCUGCGCAGCCAUGAAGAUUCCAUACGGCUGAAUCACGAGAAGGGCCUCCUGGACCGCUCACUCACUGGGGCCGAGCAGGAGCUCACAGAGGCCCAGAAGCAGAUCCACCAGCUGGAGGCCCAGCUGAUGGAGAUGGAGCAGGGCCAGUGCCUGCUGGAGACAGGGGGACAGACUCAGCUGGAGCUGCAGCAGGAGUUAGAGCGGCUGCGAGGGGCCCAGGCCCAGGCCGAGAGGACUAUGGAGGCGCGGGAGCGCGUUCACCGUCAGCGCAUUCGUGGGCUCGAGGAGCACAUCUCCACCCUGAAGGAACGGCUGCAGCAGGAACUUCGCAGAGUCCCUCAGGGCUUCUCUCCAUCUUCAUCCUCCGCCCCCUCUGGAAACUGAGCCCCCUUCCCGAGCCCCCAUCCUCGCCCCGGACCUGCUCAUUGUCUUGCUGCUAGGCCUGCUCCUGGCCCAGCCACCUCAAAGCUUUACAGGGGUUCUUGGGGGCCACGGGGCAGGGCUGGGUAGGCAAGGAGGGGAAGCGGUGCCCUGCUUGGCUGUAGAAGGCAGAAUGAGGAGCAGAAUCAGAGAAGUAGACUUAGGGUCAGUGCAGAGAAACAUUAGUCGCCUGCCCAGUGGCCUGGGUCCCCUCAAGGGAGGGAGCCCCCCAGGAGGAACACCCGUGGCGGGGAUUGCAACCGGACUCUUUCUCUGGUCUACAUUGACCCGGACGGCCUGAGCUCCUUCAGCCUGAGAUCUUGUGAUUCUGUGACCGUUUGCCCUCCACAGCCGGCUGCUGGCAAGGACUGGAGUCCAGCCCCCUGGGUACCAAGGCCGGCUUCCCCUGCCUUCUGGCCAAACCCAUUAGUGCCAGAGUCAGGAACAGUGAAUUCCUUUGUUUGGAUGGGGGAGAACCCCGCUGUUCAGUGCUCCCCUCCCUGCUCCUCACCCCCCCGCCCCAGUCAGAUGGCUCUUCCCAGAAUCUCUGUCAUCUCCAUCAUCUUCCUCUCAGAGAACAUCGAGGUCUGUGGCUCUUAUGCCUUUUAGGAAAAAAUGCACCUGUGUUUCUUUGAGGGGAAAAAACCACACACAAGAAGAAAAAGCCUGA